AUGAUGCGGUGCAGCCCUAUCAAGUUUUGGGCUAUCACGUCUCCUACAGAGGACAGACUGGACACAGAACAGCUGCCGGUGAGUCAGCUCCUUCCAUCAUCAGCUGAGCCCUCGGCGAUGAAGAGCACUCCACCCACAAGCCAAAGGGUAACUCCGAACCUCAGCCUUGGCACAGUGACUCUCACCAGCGAGAACAAAGAUGGUGGGGGAACUGUUUCUCCUCUCAGGUUUAAAGACCAGACCAGCAUCCUGUAUUCAAUAGUUGCUGGGUUGCUGGCCUUCCUCCUGGUCAUUGCUGUUCUUUGCAUCCUGUGGAUCUGGAACAGGCGGAAAAAACGAGGGAAACCGGUUAGUCUCCGUCCCGGUCUCAGGGUUGGGGACGGCGAUCUCUCCGUGACGCUCACCACACCCUCCGAACUUACAGAGCAAGUGCCCUACCUUCGCGUCACCGUCCUCCCCAUGGUGUCCUUGACCCGGUCCAGACACCGAGCGAAGAACGUCUACGGGCUCCUUCCCCGGAGGAUUGAGAGAAGGGGCCUCCCCCCGCCACGGAAUAACCGUGUUUUCAGCACCGAGAGCCUUAUUUCUGGAAAUUCAGAAAGUCGGGUCUCUGACCACAUGCUCCCAGGACGGGGCAGGCCUCUCCACCUCCACAGAGCCUGGAUCCACCAUGGAGGAGGCGAGGUCGGCGUCUACGAUAACAUCCCCGCCCCAAACGACUAUGAAAACACCCUCCCCAUCAUCGUUGAUGACAACGACGAUGUCAACAGCCAGGCCUCGGCGGAGAGCAUGAGCCUCUCCUCGGGGGACUCGAGAGAUUACGUUAAUGUCCCAGCUGCGGGAGAUGGAGAUGAGAUCCCAGCUGGGACGAGCUCCUCGUCCCCGCCAAAUCAGCCCGGCUCUCCAGAAUCCCGUUGCGUGAGUCGACAGGUAGGGGAGAGCGAAGGGAACCGUGGAGAUGUCGAAGAUUAUGUCAAUAGUUGGUGGUCUCUGAGGCUGAAAGAUCCUGACCGACACGAGGACGGGAAUGGAUCUUCUGAGACCUCCGAGGACUACGUCAAUGUGCCGGGCCCCGCAGGUGAGGGGGACGGCCAGGGGAGGAAGUUACAGGAUUUGGGGGGCUUUGAGGAUGCUCUUGAGGACCCCCAGCUACGGACAGAGGAAGGAUCAGUGUCCCAAGAUUCAGACAGCGUGGAUUACGUGAAUGUCCCCACCCUGGAGGGCAGUGAAGACCCUCAGGCGGAGGCUGAAGAGGUGCAAUGGCAGGAGUCUGAGGAUUAUGUGAACGUGCCACCUGAGGGUGACACUAAACAUGUGCCUGAUGCCAAGGACUUGCCUGUUGAGCAGGAGUCCAAUUUACCAGGCCCGAGGACAGUUUUUGAGUUUGCCAGCCUAGCUUCUUUCCUGGUACUCGCUCUGCUAAUGGCCGGCAGUUCUGGAGGUAAGAUGGUUAUGUCCGCUCUCUCCAAAAUGCCCCGCCACUUGGUGCUGAGGUGA